AUGUCGGAUUUAGACAGCGAAUAUUCGAGAGCGGAAAGUGGUAGACCAUUUCGACAAGAAGAAAAUAAAGAAUUUGUUAAGCUCUUUAAUGAGCAGAAAUUCAGACCUAGAACUGCUAUUUUAAAAGUCUGGUUUGAAUAUCCUACUAACAUGUUCUUCCAACCCAUACCAGCUAAAGAUAAAAUCAGUUUUACGAAUAGAAUAGCAUAUAAGUUUCCUCCUGUCACGUACCCUACAACGGCCCUGUCUUCCAUCGACCUCUACCACCUACCAAUCGCCGACCACCAACCAACCCAUCCAGCUAUAUCCCACCCCAUCGCCGACCUACCUACAACACCUACCAAUCAAGAGAAACCAUGGGUGAAAAGUUUCACCAAUGGAGUAGUUAUUCCAAAGGAUGAUGAUAAACAAAAUGAAGUUUUUAGAAGUUAUCUAAAUCUCGUUAAGAGAAAAGCACCGGACAAUGAAGGAAUCAUAUAUACUUACAACGACGGAAAAGAAUUGGACAUGGAUGAAAACUACGAAUUUGAUGAUUACGAUUAUUUGACUAUUCAAGAAGAGAAUGAAGAAUGUUAA